CAAACCCCGCCCACCCGCGGGCUGCAGUAAAGUGCACCUUGAAACACCUUCUGGUUGUCUGCAACGGCUAAACAGAGUUCACCAAUGGGCAGCUUCAUGGAUUAUGCUUUCCCAGCUGGAGAUGAAAGCGACGCCAGCAAUGACGAUUGGGAUAUCGGGUGUUCGGAUAAAAAGUCUUCUUGCAUCGAGGGUCUGGAUGCUGUUAUACCACAUGCAGAAGAUAAUUUGUCGAUGCUGAAAAGAGCCAUCAGUAAAGGAGACAUUGGGGCUGUUGAACAGCUGUUGGACAAUGGUAUGGACGUGGAGACGAGACUUGGCUUUGAUUGGACUCCUCUGAUGUGUGCUGUCAGUGUGGCUAAUUACGACCUGGCCAAACUGCUACUGGACAGAGGGGCAAGUGCCAACUUCAGCAAAGAUCACUGGACGUUGCUCAUGGCCAGCUGCACAGCUUCUGCCAGUGAAGACAAAAUUGCUCGCUGUGUGGAGCUUCUGCUUUCCAGAAAUGCUGAUCCCAAUGUGGUGGACAGGUCUGAAAUGACCUGCCUGAUGCUGACAGCCAAGAGCGGCUACAGUAAAGUCAUCAACCUGCUCGUCUCCCAUGGGGCAGAAAUCAAUGUCCAGGAUAGCAAUGGAUACACGGCUUUGUCUAUAGCAGUGCAGUAUGGCAGAGAGGAGGCGGUGCUAAAGCUCAUCCAGCUGGGAGCAGACAAAACUAUAAGGACCGCGGCUGGCAAGAGCCCUGCCGACCUGGCUGUGAUCUUUAAACACCCACAGAUAGGCAGGAUUCUGGCCUCUUCAUCACACAUCUCUACUGUCCAGGCCUUCAGCUCCAUUGAGGAGACCCUCUCAAAGUUCUUCAAAACUAACUCUGAACUGCCACCUUCCAAGGAAAGUGUAACCAAGUUUGAUGACCUUGAGCUCCUCCUACACGGCCUUGAUCUUGGCUACCUCACUGACAUCAUGACUGAACAUGACAUCACCUGGAGCUACCUGUUGACAAUGGAGAAGGAGGACCUGGAGAAGAUUGGUAUCACAGACCCAGUGGACCAGCAGAAGGUGCUGAGUGCUGUGCAGCAGAUGCACCUGGACAAAGUGGACCUAGACACGAUCAGCCAACUGGGAGCCGCAGACAGUGGGAGUGAGGAGCUGCAUAACUUCUUGAUAGGUGUAAGACAGCAGUGCUGCUACCUGACGGAGAUAAUUCAGGACGCCAUCAGCCGUUUUCCCCGCCAAGCCUCUCAGCUGGUCUUCUCACUGGACUCGAAGAAGGAGGCCCAGGCCGUCUGCAACCAGCUGGUGGUCCAGACUAAAGACCUGCAGAAAGAAGUCGUCUGUCUCCGCAAUCUGCUAUGCCAGAUGGACGAGGCCGGAGAUUGCUGUCAGAUUCCUCAACCUGGUUCCCACGGCAACUGGAGGAUGCGGCCCCUGAGCAGAGUCGCACUGAGCGCGCUGGGAGCCACCUUCCUCUUGCUCCUCUACAAAGCCAGUGGCAAGGUUUACCAGCAGAUGUACAGGAGUGUCUGCUAAAUAACCGAAAUGGUUGUCAGUCAGUUAGUUAAUGAUCUUAUCACAAUAUUUUGUUUUUCAUGACUGUAGGUGAUACAUUGGAUUAUGGAGGGACUGAUAUGUUUUAGGACAGUGUUUGACAAGACAGAAUUUAAAUUUUUGCUGCUGUAACACUUUUGUUUUCCACUUUGCUCUGACUUGUCUUUGAGUUUAGUUCUGAAUUCUUUUACUUUUUUAUGUUUUAAGGGUUUAAUUGAAAAUUAAAGUUUCUUAUGAGGAACAAUUUCUCGCAUAGUCAAAUUUAAGUUAUGUUUUCAGUACCUGCAAAUUUUUUUUUAACUUGAUAGAUAAUUUUCAGGCCUUGAAGUUAUGGACUUAAUAGAAUAUUCCAACAUUUUGGGAAAUAUGCUUACUCACUUGACCCAGUCAUCCAGAGUGAGAUGAGAAGAUUGAUAUCAACCUCAUGUCUGGGCAUUGUAUCUGGAGCUGGGAGGCGAUUAGUCUAGCUUCCAGAAAAGACUGGACGCAGGGGGAGGCAGCCAGCCUGCCUGUCUCCAAAGCUGAAAAGAGACAAAAAAUCUGCCUACCAACAGUGUAUCCCGAUUGUUUAAUCUGUACAUGAACAGAAAUAUCAAAAACGACAAUUUGUCCUUUUGGGGGAUGUUGCAUGCUGCAGCUAUUUCUUGGCGAACAACAGCUGCAGAGGCAAUGACUUCCCAGAGUUUUGUUGUCACAGCAUUCAUUACAUUUCUGGUGAGGUAUGUAUCAAUCAGACCAGAUACAGCCUGUCAAUUAGUGAUCUUUAGAGAUGUUAGUUAGUAGGUAAAUUUUUUUUUUUUACUUUGAAGAGAGCCAGACUAGCUGUUUCCCCC